AUUGAACAGGAUAGUGACAGCGUUGCGGGGAAUAUAGCUCUCACUGUUAAAUAAGGAAAUUAAAUCCUCCGCUGUAGCUUACUGGCACGUCCGCUUCAGAUAAGGUGUCGUCAUCCUCAUUCCACAAUCCAUAAUCGCAGUAAACAUUGUUCCUCUAUUGCAAGGUUGUGUUUUUGGUCCACGGUUGUAACCCGAAUCUUUGCUCCUAGUUGAAAGCGUACAACGAAGAUACAAUUGUAAGCCAACGUCACGAAAAAAAAACAACAACAAAAAACGGAAGCCGAAAGCCGCCGGAAAGAGUGGCCAAGCGAGGAAAGGAUAAACAAAACACACACACCGAGGAAAGCAACAUGUUGUCGCACUUGUUGAAGGAUACCAGCGUGAUCGUUAGCACCGGCAACGUGCUGAAUGUGAGCGAAUUGCGCAAGAAGGCGGGCCAAAAACCGACCGAUGAGCUGACCGACUGUCUCCGUUCGACGUUCGGCGAGGCGGAAGUUGCCGAGCUGCCACCGAACCGCCGGCUCAUCACACGCCGCAACAACGAUCUGCUGGAAAAGGUGAAGGAACAUCCGCGGGCGGACAUAAAGAUUGGGGCGAAAAUUUUCCUCAACCGUUUUUCCGAACCAGCACUAACCGAAGCGGUUGAGAAGCUGUUCGAAACGCUGAACGUAUCGUACCUGGACAAUCUGAUAGUGGCCUACCAUCCAUCGGCGACGGGCAGCAGCAACGGAACGGACGGUACCAAUGGCGGUACACAAACGGACGAACAGCCAGAGUCGGAAGUGAAGGAGGGCGUUAUCGAAUGGGCAGUCGGGAGUGACAAUGCGGUGGGCAAUUUGAAGAAGCUGUGGGCCCUGCUGGAACGAUACGCCGGUGACGGUAAGAUUGGACAGCUCGGUAUAGCCGAUCUGGAUGCCGAUUCGCUCAAGGAGCUGUACGAUGCGUCGACGGUACAUCCGUCGAUAGCGCAGAUCAAUCUAGCGGCAUGCUGUGUCGUACCACCGCAACUACAGGCGUACUGCAAUCAGAACGAAAUUCAGCUCCUGACGCACAGUGACCCACAAGAGCUGCUGCCAAGGGAGGUACUGAACGAGCUAGACCUGGCCAGCUACGGUGCAGGCUGGACGUCACGCUAUCAGGUGCACAUCAAGUGUCGCGGUGUGCUGGCAGCGAAAGGGUUCAUCGUCAGUCUGGAACGUUCGAACUGAGCGAGUUUUUAUCACCCGAGCACCAUCCACCGAAUGCUAUUCUUGCGGUACCGCAUACAGGUUGGAACCGUACAUGGAUUGACGACACUGCGGGACAGUUCCGUUUCACUGAGAUGCACACCAACACUUCCACAUCCACACACACACACAGACUAUCGGUGCACGACAUUUUGGCCCGGCUGCGCGGAAAAUGGACCUUCUGACAUGGGACGCUUUUCCGUUCGUGAAGGAAUCGCCGCCGAGAUGGAAGUUGGUGUUAGGGUGUUUUUUUGUUGUUUGGGCCAAUGUGUUAGCCGUCUUCUACAAAAAAAAACCAUAACAAAUAGCAAACAAAUGCACUUAACAACAUUCGAUGUUAACAGUAGUGUAAGCAAGCGGGUAGUGGGAAGGAGGUAAAACAAACAAACAAACAAGUAUUGCCAGCUUUACAGGAUGAGGCUUAGUUGUGUAGUAGUGUGUAAGCAAACACAAAAACAAAACCAGAAAAAAGACAUGAACGCUUUUAGGUGGUACUCGUCUGGUAGCCGACAGCAGUAGGUGCGACUUUCCUUUUUCUUGCCGGAACGGAUGAUUGAGGCCUUUUAACCGAGGGGUGUGUGCGUGUGGCGAUAGCGAGCAGCAGUUAGUUUUAAAUGCAUCAGCAAACGCACGAGAAUGUUUCCGUAGUUUUUUAUCGCUUUUACGACUAUUGAUAACUAUUAUUAUUAUUGUUAGCGAAUGAUAACGAAUCAAUCGAUUAAAGAGAAGAUGAACAGUGGUAGGACAGCGCAACGAAUGGGAAAUGCCAGCAGAAUUGUCUUCAACUUAAGAACCGUGGAAAGAAUGUGCCUGAAGAGGGGGGAAAGAUUCAUUUCUGCUCUUUACGGCUGGGGUGUGGUUAAUCGCGUGGUGUUAUCAUUAAAGAUCAAUCCAUGUGUAGUGUGUAGUGGUGUACGUACGUCACCGUGCUGUAGCCAAAUGCAGCCAGUUGUCUCUUCAAUGUGAUUAGAUAUGUGCUGCAUAUGAUUGUAUGUGAACGUGACCAAGACGGGAAAUGGAAAUAUAUGUCAACACAGCUUCUUGUCUCCCAGAGACGAACACAAGAACACGAUCACGCUUAUUAACGUUCGGUUUGCAAAACUUCACCGGCAAUACAAACACUUUGCUCUGUGCAAUAGAAGGACAACUCUUUGAUGAAUAUCUUUACCAAUAAAAAGAAAACAGAUCCGUCUUGUGGAUAUAUUUGUGUA